GAAACGUUCGUCUUUCACAGGUGAAAAAACCCUGGAGUUGACCGUUACUGUACAGAGGGCGGGGACACGCAAUUGCUCCAGACUAUUCAAGCCCACCGAACAACGACGUCGUUGAAGCGUCAAAUAGCUCUGCCUCUGUCGUCUCUCCCCGCCCUGGGUUAAAAUUGUGCCUGCUGUGCCCUGGCUCAGAACCCUAACGAGUAACAACCAGAUCAGCCAAAGAGCGCAGGGCAGGGGUCCCACCACUGUAAUUCAUCUCAGCGAAGUCGAUCUUUCCGCUUCUCCAGAUCUCUUAAAAUUGCAAACCCCUAGUUUUGAUCCAUUGCAGCAUUUGAGCAUACCUUCAGGUUCGCGUCCGCAGCUGAUAAUUUGCAGUCCAUUUGUUCUUACCGUUAAUUAUUUUCAGUUUCUGCGAGAGUUUGUUCAAAGUGUCUCCUGAUCGAGAGAUCGAAAUCCGGAAACGAGGCGCAUUUGGGAGUUGUGGUAAAUUGAGCAGUCGGGUUCAAUGCAACACAUUCCGGCUACAAUUGAGGAACAGUUGAUUUUGAAAGCAAUCAAGGAAGAAUGUCCUUGGGAGAGCCUUCCGAAACGACUUCAAGCAACUCUUUCUUCUAAAGAAGAAUGGCACAGAAGGAUAAUUGAACAUUGCAUAAAGAAAAGACUGCAAUGGAACUCAUGCUUUGCUCGUAAAGUAUGCAAAGAAGGUGAAUAUUAUGAAGACAUGAUGCGUUAUUUGCGAAAGAAUCUAGCGCUGUUCCCCUAUCAUCUUGCAGAGUAUGUUUGCCGUGUAAUGAGGGUGUCACCUUUCAGAUAUUACUGUGAUAUGCUAUUUGAGGUUAUGAAAAAUGAACAACCUUAUGAUAGCAUCCCGAAUUUCAGUGCUGCAGAUGCCUUGCGGCUUACAGGAAUAGGUAGAAAUGAAUUUAUUGAUAUCAUGAACAAGUGCAGAUCUAAGAAAAUAAUGUGGAAGCUGAACAAGUCAAUUGCAAAAGAACUAUUACCUACACAACCUGUUGACUUUGCUAUUGAACCUUGGUGGGGAGUUUGUCUUGUCAACUUUACACUAGAAGAAUUUAAGAAACUCUCAGAGGAAGAAAUGGCUACAAUUGACAAAGUCUGUAAGGAGGAAGCAAAUUUGUUUAUCCUAUUUGAUCCUGACAUUGUGAAGGGUCUUCACCAACGGGGGUUGAUCUACUUUGAUGUCCCUGUCUAUCCUGAUGACCGUUUUAAAGUUUCCAGGCUUGAGGGAUUUGUUUCCAACAGGGAGCAGUCAUAUGAAGAUCCUAUUGAGGAGUUACUGUAUGCAGUUUUCGUUGUCUCGAGCGAGAAUGCUACUGUUGCUGAGUUGGCUGCAACAUUACAGGCCGAUCUUUCUCAGUUGCAGGCUGCUGCAUCUUUUGCUUGCAGAUUGGGAUGGGCACAGAAAAUAAUUGAUCCAGCAUCUGUUCUUCAAGAUUCAAGUACAUCUGGCUCUCUUAAUAUAGCUCUCAGUGAUGAAGAAGAUGGUUCUCGUGCUGGCAUAGGCUUAGCAGAUAUGUCCACUGACGGAAGCUCUAAUCAACAAAGAGAUGUUUCCGUGACUGAAAACAAUGGCCUAUAUUCUGGUCAUGCGCGUGUUGCUUUUGUUGUUGAUGCUAAUAUAACAUCCUAUCUUAUGAUGGGUUCUGUUUCACCAGGCUUGAAAUUUCACGCUGUCACAUUAUAUGAGGCAGGAAAACUGGGUCAUGCUAGCAUUGCGGAUCUUUGCAAGGAUCUCAGUACAUUAGAAGGAACAAAAUUUGAGGGAGAACUACAGGAAUUUGCAAAUCAUGCAUUUAGCCUCCGAUGUGUUCUGGAAUGUCUGCUGUCAGGUGGAGUUGCUUCUGAUGUGAAAGCAGUGGAAAUUGGCCGUAAGGUGGGGGCCAUGUUGUUUCCAAGCAAUGAUGAGGUUACUUCUCUGACAUCUGACCCCACUUUGGCCAAGAAAUCAGGGCACUUGGGUACUUCUGCAGGUGCUGGUGACAAAACUGUGCCUGACAAAUCAGGGCAUUUGGGUACAAAUGAAACUGGGCUAAACAGUCAUGAUUCCAUGCAUUCUGGAGUGCCUCAGGAGGAUUCUGUUUAUUCUGAUUCUGUUUCUUUAAGUACAGGUGACACCACUGUGGUUGACGAAUCAGAGCAUUUGGCUACAAAUGAAUCUGAGCUAAAUAGUCAUGAUUCCAUGCAUUCUGGAGUGCCUCAGGAGGGUCUCGUAUUUUCUGAUUCUGUUUCUGUAGGUUCAGGGGAUGAGAUACUUUCUGCUACUUUAUCAGAAGACAGCAAGAACAUUACAUCUGAACCCAAGUUGCAGAAUGAUGAGAAAUCGGUGCUAGCCGAAGGGUUAGAUACUGGAAGAGGAGACUUAAAAAAGAAAAAGAAAUAUCGUGUGGAUAUUCUCCGCUGUGAAAGCUUGGCUGCUCUCGCACCAGCAACAUUAGAUCGGUUGUUUCUUCGCGACUAUGACAUUGUUGUAUCCAUGGUUCCUCUUCCUCAUUCAUCAGUGCUACCUGGGGCUACAGGUCCUAUUCAUUUUGGUCCACCCUCUUAUUCAUCUAUGACACCUUGGAUGAAAUUGGUAUUGUACUCGGCCGUGGCCAGUGGGCCUCUGUCUGUUGUUCUGAUGAAAGGACAAUGUUUACGAUUACUUCCUGCACCAUUGGCUGGUUGUGAGAAAGCCCUUAUAUGGUCUUGGGAUGGUUCUACAAUUGGGGGGUUGGGAGGGAAGUUUGAAGGGAACUUAGUAAAUGGAAGCAUACUUUUACAUUGUUUAAAUUCAGUUCUCAAAUAUUCUGCCGUGCUGGUGCAGCCUCUCAGCAGGUCUGACCUUAAUGAAUCAGGAAAAACAAUUAGUUUGGACAUUCCAUUGCCAUUGAAGAACUCUGAUGGUUCAAUUGCUCAUAUAGGGGAGGAGUUGGGGCUAUGCACAGAGGAAAGUUUGAAGUUAAAUGUGUUGUUGAUCAACUUGGCGAGCAAGAUAGACUUGCAGACAGUUGGUUAUUUACGCCUAUUAAAACUUUUCAAAGAAGGGGAAUCAGAGCACUUUUCACCUGAUGAUGAGAAGUAUGAAUGGGUUCCAUUAAGUUUGGAGUUUGGAAUCCCACUUUUUAGUCCAAAGUUGUGCAAAAGUAUAUGUAAAAGGGUGGUCUCUUCGCAACUACUUCAGACUGAUUUGCUUAUGGAACAUCAUGAUGCAAUGCAAGGUUUAAGGAAAAGGUUGCGUGAUGUUUGUGCAGAGUACCAGACAACAGGCCCUACUGCAAAACUUCUUUAUCAGAGAGACCAUCCAAAAGAAUCUUCUCGACAACUUAUGAACUAUGCAAGUGGAAGGUGGAAUCCUUUUUUGGACCCUUCUUCACCAAUUUCUGGGGCUUUGAGCGAGCAUCAGAGACUAAAACUUGCCAAUCGACAACGUUGCCGGACUGAAGUUCUGAGCUUUGAUGGUAGCAUUCUUAGAUCAUAUGCUCUAACUCCUGUGUAUGAAGCUGCCACUAGACCGAUUGAAGAAUCCCUGUCUGCAAAUACGAUGAAGAUUGAACCAGAUGAUGCUGAUAGCAGAGAAGUUAACCUUCCUGGUGUAAAUCUACUUUUUGAUGGAUCUGAGUUACAUGCAUUCGACAUUGGUGCUUGUCUACAGGCUCGUCAACCAGUCUCCUUAAUAGCAGAUGCCUCAGCUGCCUCUGCUGCCUCUGCAAUUAAAUAGGGCUUAGAUUAUGAUUUUGCAUGUGUGCUGUGAACAGAAGAAUUUGGCCCUGAUACUUGCAAGAAUGAUCAAAUGCUUUGUGCCACUUUUGCCUGCUGCUUUUGUUGGUUCUCUCAUCCCUGAUUGAUCAUUGUGCACGAGCCGAGGCAAUAUUUUAGGUAAAAAUAAAAAAUUCCCUUCUGAUUGCCUUGUGCAAUUUCGUGACAUUAUUCCCCUACGAAGAAAUUUUUUUUUUGUCUCUUCUGCCAUUUAUCAUUAGCUUAGUGUUUUUGUCACACAAAGAUGCCCCAAUCCUCGAGUAUUAUUAUUUAUUGCUGAGUGUACAGUUGUUUUAUUGCACCCAAACUAUCAAUUCUCGAAUCAUGUUUUAAUGUUGCUGAUGUAAUUUCUGUUUAUCCAUCUGUACUGUCCAAACACAAAUGUCAAACAAAACAAGCAAGCAAGCAAAUAAACAAAAGGUUCCGUUU